UCGUCACGCCUGCCUCCUCUCGGCCAGUAAUUCUUUAGCGCGGAAAGCCGUCUGUUUUGAUAACUUUGGACGAUUCUUCUGAUUUUGGUUUGACAUUUGAAAAAAUGGCUGUGACGGCGAUGAGCUUCCGUUGGCUGGAUUUACUGGAGAAAGAGUUCGACAAAGCCUAUGUCGACCUGGACAUCCUGAUCGGCGAGUUGGACAGCGAUGAGCCUGAAAUGGUGUAUGCAGCAAGGCAGAAGAUGUCAACACUCAGUUCCUGUUUUGCCCAGUUGACACACAAAGCUCAGACAAUUUUUCAAAAUAAUGCAAAAGUUGAGGCUGAGCUUGUGAAUAUGAGGUCGUGUUUGGUCGAUCUUGAAUCGAGAAAUGACGAGCUGACUGAAGAGCUCCACAAUGUAUUCGUCCAAGUUCAUAAAGCACAACUGCAGCACAUGAGCAAAGAAGAGGGCACAAAUAUAACUUCGAGCCUCAACAAGGCUUUAGCAGAACGUUCUCCUACACACCGUGCAAAUCAUUCUGGUAUAAACAUGGAUAAAGUAGUGAGGCACUUAGAAAAUUGGAAAAGGCGGCUGGAAAUAGAAAACGAAUCGCUUCGAGCUACUAUAGCCAGUUUACAGGCCGAAGUCUGUGGAGCGAGACUUUCGGCUAGGUAUUUAGACAAAGAAUUAGCCGGGAGAAUUCAACAGUUGCAACUCGCUGGCCGAAACGAUAUGGUUGCAGCAGUAAAAGAUAGACUCUGGGCACAGUUAGAAGCGGAAAUAUUAGUACAACGACAAAAAACGUUAGUCAGAGCGGUAAGACAGCGGGAAUCGAGAGCUCCUUGUCAAGACGCUUUUAACACACCGAGGACGGUUGUUUUGAAAAGGGACAACAAUCUAGGAUUAGGAAUUUCAAUUACGGGAGGCAGAGAACACGGGGUGCCUAUUUUAAUAUCAGAAUUAGAGCCUGGCGGUGGCACUGAAGAACUUUACGUUGGAGAUGCGAUACUUAGUGUGAAUGACAUUGACCUUACACAGGUAAGCCAUAAUGAGGCUGUCAAAAUUCUUAGUAACCAAUUUGGAGAAGUGAAAUUAAAGGUUAAGUACGUGGGCCAAGACGAGACUGAAGACGAUUCUGAUAUGUCUCAAUUAAGGUAUGGUUUCUUCAAUGAUGGAAAUCGCCUAACCACUUAUGAGAAUGGUUAUAACAAAGAGCUAACACCAACAGCACCUAGAACACCUGAAUCAUCUGUUCGGGAUCCUUCUGAAUCCAGUUAUCCUAGCAGUCCGAGGUUAAAUCAAGAUCAAAAUGCUCCAAAUGAAAAACAACCACAGCAGGAGGCGACGACAAACGGAGGAGAGACAGCCAGCCCGUUACACGUAGGGGUAACUACUUUGCAGAAAAUAUUUCGGACGUUCACGCCCAGCGGGGCUUGGAAGGAGCAGGAACGCGAGGUGGAGUAUUUAGCAAAAGAGCAUGCACGGCAAGAAUCGAUACCAAACAGCAUACAGUAUGCGCCAUCACAGUUACAGUCUCAUGUAGUUCAAACGAAGGAGACGGUACAGGAUCCUUCAUUCUGUCCAUUGCAGCUACAGGGAGAAGAAAAAUCUAAAUUGUCUUAUUUUUAAAUUAAACAAAUCAAAACAUAAAGAUCAUACGAAAAUGAAUUUGUUACUUAAUUAAUUACUUCAUUGAAAGAUUCAUUUUGUUUAUGAUAUGUCCAAAUUAGUGAUUGUUGAUUAUAGUUACAUAAAUUCUGUUAUUAAUAUAAUAAAAUAUUUUAUUAAACAAAACAUAUCAGUAUAAAUGGUAAGAUACGCCUCAUUUCUAGCAGAAUUAUGCAAUAUGUACAAUAUAUGUGGUUAUUAUGUAAAAAGGCAUCGAGAAUAUUGAUGACUGAAAGCUUUUCAUGAUGUAAUAAGAUAAUUUUUAAAUUUAUACAAUAUGAAGUCAUAUUAGGUAAUCUUGUUGUGUGUGGUAUACAAAACUUUUGUUAGUUUGUAAGAUGCAGUCUAAUGGGAAACAGUCAAUAGGAAAUGAAUUGAGAUUUCUCCAUGUGGUUUAGAGGGUGAAGAACCCGUAAUUGGGUCAUUACUAAGCUUAUCAUCGCUGGGCCUGUCAUUAGACAUACUGAACAUGGUGAAAUGUCGAAAUGCAGAUCUAGCGAGUAUAAGCAGACCAAAACAAGUUAAGCAGUGUACAAGUUACAGGAAUUGGAUUGUUGUUACUCUCGCAUUUGGUUUAAAUUGAAACAAAGAUUUUUCCUGUAGAAAAAUACAAUAUUUUUUGUUAUUGUUGUUAGAAUGUGUACAACUACUUUAAAACAGAGCUUUUCAAAACUUUAUGCUUAUUUAAGCAUAUGUGCUUAACUAUUUUUUGUGUGGGGGAAGGUAAAAUUCCAAUAAACCAGAGAGAUAGUAUUCUUAAACAUUUAUUGUGCACAAUCCAUUAAAUUUUGAAAUUAACAAACAAAAAGUAAAA